CAGAGGAUCCAUAGGCUUUCCUGGGCGGUGGCCACCUGGCAAAACUUCACCGUUCUCCUUCCCCUUAGAUAGUAACGUUGGUGUUGUUGUCUUGUGGCGGAGUUGUCUUGACUCUUGAGUCAGCUGGUCAGACUAAGUACAACGUUGGAAGCGGCAAAAACACACACAAGUUCAUAUUCACUCGCACACAGAGAAAGACAACCAGGCUUCUUGCUGGGCUUCAUCGAGAAUGGCCAGAGAAAUUGUGGGGUAUUACUAUGAUGAGGAGAAGAAAAGGUUCUUCCCUACGCGUGGUCCAAUUCCUGGGUCUUCUCGAAAGCGGAAAUCAGAGUCUUCUUCUUCUGCUGACAAAUCUCAAAAACCAGCCUCAGAAUCGGACCAGGCUAGAAGGACACAGAGUUGGAUGAAAAGUAGGAGUAAGAUACUUCAGUUCAGGGAGCUGUGCGGCAACAUAAUCCCUUCCAGAAAAGGGAAAUUUAAUUUUCAAACUACAUGCCAAAAUAAACAAGCAUCACAACCUCUGAUAUGGAAGUAUGGUCAGACCCAAAAGAAGGUUGACAACGUGGUGCAACAGAUGAAUAUUGAUAUUGACACGCCAGCUGGCACAUUGGAAACUGAUAUAUUAUUGGCUGGUGGUCUAAACGGUACAUUGAGUCUUUUCCUAGUUGGAAAUGUUGAACAAGAAUUUGAUUAUGAGAUCGAAUGUUCUCCGGAGCCAGUAUGGCCUGUCAACAAGGUGCAGCAAACCGAAUGCAUAGCACCGCAUAAUUUAUGCAUGCCUGUUCAUGCUUCAAUCUUUAUGGGUUCUGACAUAACUUGCAUCAAGAUGUUGCGGAUGCCAGUUGACGGGGCUUUGACAAGGAAUGUUUUAAUAACUACUAUGGGUUCUGGAGAAUCUCGUGGAGUGGCAUACAUUAUGGAUGUGGCUGCACCAUUAGGAUAUUACUCAAGCACUUCAGAAUCUCUUCGUCGGCUUGCUUCUUUUGAAAGUACAAUUUGGGAUGCAGAUUGCAGCUAUAAUGGGGAUAAAGUAGCGAUUGGCGCCAAUCGUGGAGCUUUCUUAGUAAACGUAGAAUCUCGAGUGGCAUCACAGGUUUUGCACUGUAAAAGUGACGUUUUAUCGCUACAACUUGAUAAUCCGGGAAACAUCAUUUUAUGUGGCCUCCGCAACGGAGCAAUUUUGACAGUUGAUGCUCGUCAGAAAUGUCAAGAUUUUGCUUCUCAACAUCGAAAUCCCAAUGCUCAUCACGAUUCUUCAAGACCAAAGCUCCAAAGGAAUGCGCAUUACCCUCCUAAGAUAUCAAUGCCAUCAUCUAUCGCUUGCUUGAAGUCACUGAUGCUCUAUGAUCAAUACUUUCUGGCAAGCUCCAUGGAUGGAUCGAUCAAGCUUUAUGAUCAACGUCUGAUCCAAAAAGGUGCUGUUCAAUCUUAUGAAGGAUAUGUUAAUUCUCAUACUCGCAUACAACUUGGAGUAGACCCAACAGAGAGAUUUGUUAUGUCAGGUGGUGAGGACUGCAAAAUGCGGCUUUGGAGUAUCAAAUCUGCGGAAAUGCUUUUUGAGAAUCGAUUCAUGAGUUCAGUGCCUUCAGUUGUCUGUUGGGCAAAACCUGCAGAUCUUGCAAGAACACCAGGUGAAUUACAAGAUGACCAAGAUUACUGGCAGAAACAUGAAUGGGGGGUGUGGAUUGGAUCUCGUGAAGGGCUUUUUUACAUGGAUUGGUGCUGAAUGGUACUCGUUCAGUGGUCGUAUCUGUGUAGUGUUGUGGCUUAGGUUCCUAGAAAGAUAGAACUGCUUCAAGGUUGCAAUUGUCAGCAAAGCUUGGGACAAAGCUACAAGGACCUCCUGUGUGCUCAACUGCUCAACCAAGCUGGUUUUUCUAUUAGCUUGAAAUUCAAAUAGAUUCAAGCUAAUAUUGCAGCUUUUUUUUUUUUAUGUAGAAUUCAUCAUCAUCCCUGCAUAGAACUGUAAAUUGGUAUGCAUAGUUUUAGCUUUAUUUUCUGGAGGAAAGUUGGGCUGUAAAGGAAGAAAAGGAAAGAAAUAUAUUUUUUUGUAGCAUAAUGAAACUAUUUUAAGACAUGAAGAGAUAGAUUAUAGAAAGUGACUCCUCUCUUUAGUUGCUUCUGCUGUUGUAACAGAUGUCAAAUGUAGUAGACUUAUAACAAUAUUUUUUUGUAGCAUAAUGAAACUAUUUAAUAAGGACAUGAAUAGAUAGAUUAU